AUGGCGUUGUCCACCGCUUUAACNCUCUACAAAGAGAAGACCAAUUGUUUUAUACAACAGUACAGCAAUUUCAGUGUCAAAGAAGUGGCGCAAACACUGAACGGCAUUAACACUCAGGGAGAGAAUAUCGCCGAUAACGGCGGUGUCAUUCAGUCUUACCGGGCUUACCAGAAGUAUGUGCUCGAGAACGGAGCGGAACCCCAGCUGCCGGCCAUUGACUUAUCUCCCGAGCAAUUGUUUUGGGUCAGUUCAGCCGUACAGUAUUGCUCAAAAGCGACCAAACAGUAUUUGACACUUCAGGUGGUGACCGAUAGUCACAGUCCCAGUAGACAAAGAGUGAAUGGUGUCGUCUCUAAUUCGGAUGAGUUUUCCAAAGUAUUCAACUGUCCGUCCGGUGCGCCCAUGAAUCCGGUCAACAAGUGUGUCAUUUGUAUUCAACUGUCCGUCCGGUGCGCCCAUGAAUCCGGUCAACAAGUGUGUCAUUUGGCGUUAGAAAUGUUUGGAAAUGUUGUGAAAGAGUUUAAGCGAAGUCUUAUCGCAAAUAAAUGGAUGGGAAACGAGACACUCGUUCACGCGUUACAAAAGUUGGACAAAAUGCGACUUCUUGUGGGUUACCCUGAUGAACUGCUCAAUGAAACCUAUAUUACCGACUAUUAUCGUACCUUGUGGACUAAUGCUACCGAUUAUUUUGGUAAUAACGUGCGGCUAAGCAAAUGGUAUUUGGAUUUAGGCUUUGGUAAACUUAGACUACCAGUGGAUCAAUACGAUUGGAAAGAGUUGAGUGGUGUGGCUGUGGUCAACGCCUACUACCAUCAGCUCAAGAAUUUGGUGGUAAUGCCUGCGGGUAUUCUUCAGGGAGUCUUCUUCAACAAAGAUCGUCCAAAUUAUCUAAACUACGGGUCCAUAGCGUAUGUGUCGGGCCACGAGAUUAUCCACGGUUUCGAUGACGGCGGCCGUCAGUACGACUCGAGCGGUAAUUUGCGGAACUGGUGGGACAGUCAGACCGACGCCCUCUACAAAGAGAAGACCAAUUGUUUUAUACAACAGUACAGCAAUUUCAGUGUCAAAGAAGUGGCGCAAACACUGAACGGCAUUAACACUCAGGGAGAGAAUAUCGCCGAUAACGGCGGUGUCAUUCAGUCUUAC